UGCCGUUGGACUACCCUUUCUGAAUAAUAAUUUUGGUUGAUCCCCUUGGUUCAAGCCGUUUCAGCUCAAGCUUUUCAAGAAUACAAGCCUCUUUCGGGCCAUUCUGCUGUGGCCGCACCCGCCCUCAGCCCGUCCCUGUGGUCUACGAGGGCGGCUCCGAGCCAUGGCCAUCUCCGUCCAGAAGAUCCGUCUCGUCGCCGCGCUGGCCCUCAGCCCGUGGGUGGCGUCGGCGGGCGAGUGCCCAGUCGGGGCGGCCCCAUUCCCGAGCGGCAUGGCCAGCGCUGGCAGGCAGCAGUACGCCAACUUGUUCGACAUCUCGUACUACGGCACGUACAAGGUGGUCCACUUCUCCGACACGCUGGGGACGUACAAGAGCUCACAUCCCACAAAGGCCAACGAGAGAAUCCCUGACAUCGUUCUCUGGCAGUGCGGCACGACCAAACCAGCCUUCGGCUCCCCAGGGAUCGAUGACGCGUUCGCCCGCUUCUUCGAGAUUCCGAUCCAGAGGGCAACGCUGCCGUUGGCCAUCUCGCUGCCGCAGUUCGAGCUGCUGUCGGUUACGGAGAAGAUAUACGCUAUGGAUUUCACGUACGUGUCUUCUGCAUGUGCGCAACUGAUGGAGGAGUGUGUGCCGAGCCUUCACGUCACCAGCAGCGAUGAUAACUAUUCGGCGAUCGCCGCAGUGGAGCCAGGCUCCGUCGUCUUCACAAACUCGUUCGGCACAGGCUACACCAACACUGACUGGGACGUCGAGUACCAGAGCAGCGUUGAUCCUGCGAUUCUGAACCGCGCAGAAUGGACCAACUUCGUUGGAGCGUUUUUCAACCUCGAAGCCCAGGCCAAGAGUUUAGGCUCGCAGCUGGGCUUGGACUCGAACACCGAGUGGGGUGGGCGUCAGCCUCAGGUGAUUUGGGUUGAAGCCCUGGGGGACACGACGUGCGCCGGAGCUGAUGACUGCGUCGACGACGGCGACGACGCCAUCAUCGGUUGGACGCAGCCUGGAGGCGCUGGCAGCAACUGGUGCAAAUGCGGGGGCUGGCAAAUCAACACCAAUCAUUACAAGAAGAAUCUCGUGGAGGACGCCGGCGGGAAGCUGGUGGCUCUGCCGCAGACCACCCCAGACGGGUGCGUGACCUCGGUGGGCACGGACGGCUCGGCGAGGCUCGGGUGCGGCGGAGAGAAAGGCCUCGCGUCCUUCAGGGCCUUCCUGGCGGAGGCCGACGUCAUUGUCGACGAGACCUACAUCUCUGGACACGACACCGCCGCCCACGACUUCGCGGGCUCCUUCUACGUGACGGCGGCGGAUGUGCCGGCGCUCGCCCGCGACCCCGUCAACAUCUUCCGCGCCGAUGGCACCGUCAGCGACAGCAGGGGCGGGGCCGUCGGCAGCGCGUGGUUCGAUUGGGGGCAGGCCGAGCCGCAGCAGCUCCUCGCCGGCAUGAUGGAGAUGCUCUGGGGCGGCAGCUUCGAGAGCCCGUGCGGCCUCAAGUACUUCCGCCGCGCGGUCCCUGGCGAGGGCCAGGAGCAGGUGGGCCAUGACGACUGCCCUUACUGGUCCCAGGACGGCAACCACGACUGCGCCGCCAUCCACGAUCACCUCCACGAGGUGCGGUCGUGCAUGCCAGCCGCGCUGGGCCCUGGCGAGGACCUUGCGAACUCCGCGACGGCGCGCGGCUUCUGGGUGGCUGCCGCGGCGUCGAUGUCUGGGCUCGCCGCGUCGGCGUAGGCGAGCAGAGCAAGCGCUGGGCUUGCGGUUGCACCCUCCUAAGAGGAGGAGGAGG